AUGGCGGCAGCUCCGGCUCCCAAACCAAUUAAAGAACCUUUCCCCAUAUCCCUCGUAGCUGGCCGUUACCUCCUCUUUGAUGUGGACGUUAUUGCGCACUGCCGUCGCACGCACAACAUCUGCGGUCUCCUGGUCGGCACGAUACCGAACCUCAGCCAACAAAACGUUUUUCUGGGCGUACCACUUGAACUCAUGCCGGAAGAGGCUAGGGUACUCGUCGAUAAAGGCGCUGCGUAUAUCGUGGAUGAUGCGCAGGCACAUCAGAAGGCUUUUGCGGAGAUGAGUCGAGAGGACAGGCUGAGGUACAUGGAGGAAAUGGACAAGCGAGGAGAGGAUGUCACCAAGGAACAGACCGAGUUAGCGGAGAGGAGGAAGGAGAGGGCAUUGAAGGAGAAGGGUCUGAAGAGGGAGGAAGUUGACAAGGACAUUGUGGGUAGCAUUGCUGCAAGCACGACGUCAGAAGACACACUCCAAGCAGACGACUCCAGUGUCGCAAGUUCUGGUCUUGGUUUCAUCAUGAAGGGCUCCAACUUCUCAGACUCAAGGGCGCCGGUAAAGGCAGCCAAGGUCAUCUCCAGUCCUGCUAGUUCAGUCACUGAUAGCUCGGAUCUUGGUAGCUCUGGUUUAGGGUUCAUCAUGAAAGGCUCUAGUUUCUCAGACUCCUGGGUGCAAGUAAAGGCCCCCAAGAUUGACUCCUUUGCCGCCGAGGUUUCGCUGUUCGACGCUGCGCCCCCUUCGCCUGCUCCCGAACCAGCCGUCCCUGUUCAGGGUAGUGCGCCGAAAGGCGUUGCCGCUCAGAAACACUACGUCACACCAACAACCUCAUACCCACCCCUAUCAACACCCGCGAAGGACCCUUCUGUCCCUCCACCAACUGUGCCGGAUAGCUACCCGCUGUUCCGCUAUCUACACUCCAAGGGCUACUACCACAUGCCUGGCCUACGCUUCGGAUGUCACUACAACGUGUACCCGGGCGACCCACUUCGGUACCACAGCCACUUUGCGGCAACAGGCUUGGGUUGGGACCAGAAGUUCGACCUGCUAGAUGUUGUGGGCGGAGGACGCCUCGGUACAGGAACGAAGAAAGCCUACAUGAUCGGUGGCGAGAAUCCUGAGGUAGACGCGCAAGAGAACGAGUCCGUCAGGGCCUUCUCUGUUGAGUGGGCAGCUAUAUGA